CCACACCCUAUCGGUCCCACCAGUCAGUCACACCCGAGUAACCCCGCCCCUUUGCUUGUCCGGAUUCCCACCCACGUAGCCUACCCUCUCUCCGAUCACACCCGUCGCCAUCUCCCCCCGCCUCCCCGCCGGCGUGGGCCCCGCCGCCCUUUCUCGCCGGGAAGCGGCCAGCCCCCUCAGGGAGAGGACGGGGGGAGGAGUAGGUGCCCCACCACCGCCCGCACAUCUCCACGCACGCAUCCUCCCCCGCACGCGAGGUGUUCGACGGAAAGCCCCAGAAGCGAGCGGGGCGGGGGGGCGCCAUGUCGAGCGCCGCCGGGUCGGAGCCGGGCCCCUGCCCGGGCACGACGAGCGUCGGCGGUGAGCGGCCCUCGCCGCGGGCGGCGGAGGAGGAGGAGGUGGUGGUGGUGGUGGCUUCCGCCGCGGCGGCGGCGGAGGAGGCGGCGCCGCCGGCGGGGGUGGUCACCGUCGUGAUCUCGCAGCCCGAGGAGGGGGCUGAGCCGAAGGGCGUCGCACCGGCGUCCCUGGCCCCCGUUGGGGCCGGGGACGGCGGGGCUAAGGUGGCGGCGGCCGCGGUGAAGGAGGCGGAGCUUGCGAGGACGGACAGCUUCGACGAGCAAUGCAGGGUAUGUCAACAGAAGACAGAAGAACCAUUGGUAGACCUUGGAUGCAGAUGUCGAGGUGAUCUUUCAAAGGCUCACCGCACGUGUAUUAGUGUUUGGUUUCGUACUAGAGGUUCAAACAAGUGUGAAAUCUGCCAGCAGGUUGCUGUCAAUAUCCCCCCUCCAGAGACACAAGCUAGUACAAGUUAUUGGGUUUGGAGGGUUGAUUCAGCUUAUGGAAGGGGCCGAGGAGGACAUGAAAGGGGAUGGUUUAGCCCUCUUUGGGUUGCAUUUGCAAUUCUGAUAGGUGGUCUCUUGUUGGAUGUUCUGAUAUCUGUUUCUCUUGGUGUUUCCGCACUUCCAGUGAACAUAAUAAUUGGUGUUCUUAUCGUUCUUGGCCUCGGCACCGCCCUUCGGCUAGCCCUAGAGUGCUGCCAGGAAUGGGGCUCCAGGAGAAGGAUGCCAAGGCUGCCGAUGGAUGGCAUGGCGCCCAGUGGAUACCAUCCUGGUGUAUAGUAACUAGGCGUGUAAAUAGCCAUAGGACACGAAACAAACUGUGUUGGUAUUUUGGAUUCUCUCCUUGUUUGUGGUAUCUAGUAGUUCACACGUUUUUCCUCCCCCGGAGACGAGCUCAAAUGCAAAGCUUAUUGUUGACUACGAUAUCGAAUCGUCCACCAGUGUAAAUAUUCAGUUCGGAAUGUUCACUUUU